AUGGACUUGCAAGCAGUACAAUUAUGUCCUAGAUCAAAUGUUUCCACACUUUAUUUUAAAACAAAACUUGCCGUUCAUAAUUUUACUGGAUAUGACAUAAAAAGGGGUGAAGGCUAUUGUUUUAUUUGGACCGAGACUGAAGGAGGGUUAACAGCAAAUGAGUUUGCCUCUGUUAUUAUUAGAAUGUUAGAAUUAUUCAUCGAGAAGAAUAAUAUUCCAGAAGGCUCAGAAAUUGUUUUAUUUAGUGAUGGGUGCACGUACCAGAACAGGAGUUCCACUUUAUCGAAUGCUCUGCUAAAUUUUUCAAUGGUAAAGAAAGUCAAGGUUGUACAAAAAAUUCUCGAAAAAGGACAUACACGAAUGGAACCGGAUAGUAUGCACUCUGUUAUUGAAAGAAAAAUUAAAAAAAAAAGAAAAUAA